UUGGACUUAGAUCUGCAAACUCACUAGAUGUCUUUUCAUGAUUCUUUGUCAGGCUAAUCUACAUCACACAGCUAUUAUACAGAUAAGUUUGUCCUUCUGAGCUUCCCAUAAGAAGGAGUGUUAACAAGUGAAAGAAUAAAUGCUUUACUAUAUCACAAAAGUCUGACAAGGGGGAACUAUAGACUAAAAACAGUCACAUGGGCCAGCUUAAUUGAAUUAGACUCCAGUUAAAGUGGUAGUCUUAUGCAAUUAUGGUAUGUGUGAAGCUGGGAAAUCAGUUUUGUUUGAGCUUCACAGACCUCUGCAGCCAUUUUGAUUCUCUGAUCAGGAACAGACCAUGCUGGGUUUUUAAAUUUAGGUUCUGAAUUACAGCAGGCCUGAAAUGUUUCCAUGGUGUCCCUGUGGCCACAAUGUAAUUAACACUGGACAAUCUUGAAAAGCUCUACUGGGUGGCAAAGGGAGGUUUGGAUAGAGGCAAUGAGGCAUUCUUUGCCGUCACUGCCUCAAAAUAUACCCUAUAGUGGGCACGUGCCAGGUCUCUGUUGCAUUCACUGGGAGAAUUUCUCCAUUUGUAUUCCAACUGUCUCCUAAGUUGUUUCGUUGCUCUCACUUCCAGAGUGUACCAUGAAGUUGUAUGAACUAUGCAACAGAGAGGGCAUUUAGGAGAGAUGAUGUCAACCACCGAGCUCAUGUUUGCAUUCUACAGACUGAUCGCCAGGGCUGAUCACCAUUGACAGAAGCGCCAGCCAUAUCAGCUGGAAGAUUCCUCCAAACCCUCUUCAGACCAUCUGGCAACAGACCAUCUUAAUGGGUCCCCAUGCAUGCAUAUGGGAAAAACCGCUCCAUCUAAAUCACAGCAGGUGUGUGUGCUGGAGAGACAAAUAUUUGAUUUCCUUGGUUAUCAGUGGGCACCAAUCCUGGCAAAUUUUGUACACAUUAUUAUAGUCAUACUUGGCUUAUUUGGAACCAUCCAGUAUAGACCACGCUACAUAACAGGAUAUGCUGUCUGGUUAGUCCUCUGGGUUUCAUGGAACGUAUUUGUUAUCUGCUUCUACUUGGAGGCUGGGGACCUAUCAAAGGAGACAGAUCUUAUUCUCACCUUCAAUAUCUCAAUGCACCGUUCUUGGUGGAUGGAGAAUGGGCCAGGCUGCACAGUGAUAUCCGUGACCCCAGCCCCGGACUGGGCACCGGAAGACCAUCGCUACAUCACUGUCUCAGGGUGUGUUCUUGACUACCAAUAUAUCGAAGUGGCGCACAGUUCUCUGCAGAUCUUUCUUGCACUGGCAGGAUUCGUCUACGCCUGUUAUGUCGUCAAAUGUAUCACUGAAGAAGAGGACAGCUUUGAUUUCAUAGGUGGAUUUGAUUCUUAUGGCUAUCAAGGCCCACAGAAGACAUCUCAUUUACAGCUACAGCCCAUGUAUAUGUCAAAGUAGACAAAGGAAAGUCAGUGGCUGGGCUGAAGAACUGGUCAAAGAGCAUUUUCUGACACAGCCUCCCAUGGGUUGCAAAAGAAUGAAAGAAGUCCUAAUUUACCAUUUCAGAAUAAAAUAAAGCAAGAACACUCGGAGAACAAGGCCUCACUUUCUAACUAGUAUGGACAGCAGUGCACAAGAUCAAGUCUCUCCCAUCUUGGAUUUUCCAAAUUCAUAUAAGGAGGGUUGAAAGGAGAAGCAGUGGUGCCCUCUUCUGGCCAGUGGUGCCAUCUCCUCCCUUCCUUUCCCUCUGCUGCUGCUUCUUAAUUAUGAAACGAUCCCAUCCAUUUUGGCUCUUUCUGAGGCUUUGUACUGUCUGGAGCCGUGUCUUCUUAGUCAAUAACAUCUUAGAUGCCACCAUGACCUUGAAACAGAAGUCAAUAGACAGCAAGUUGUUUGCCCUAAAGGCUGUAUACUACAUACUUGCCUUAACCCAUUCUAAGUUACACAUCAGAGAAAUUCGGUGUGGCUUUCUGAAGUAAUUUCCUUUAGGCUCAACCAUGCUAUUCAUUAAUUCUAAAAGAUUUUUAAUGCUGUGUCAAGUAACAGACUCCGCUCACCAGCACUUCCCGGGCUGGCUGGGUAAGAAACCCAUCUACUGUCAAAGAAAAGAUACUUUACCAUGAAGCCUACAAUGAAGCUCUUUUGGGAGUUGGAAAUGCCAGAAAAGGGAACUCUUAGUAAACUGAUAACUGUAAAGAAACAGCAAAAGCAGUGCUCCUUAACCCCACUGUUUUUAUUCACUGCACUCUAGGUGCUUUUAUAAAUGACUCUAUGUCUUUUACUAAUGACAGAGACAUCUGCAUAUUUCUAACAACAGAGGCCAACUGAAUAUGUAUUAACUAUGUUUACUCUUUUAUAACUAAUUCCAGUUGACUCUCCUAUGUAAGUGAGCUUUUUUUAAAACAAACAAACUGCAGCAUAUAAGAUACUUCUUUCUGGAUUUUGUUCUGUUUUUUAGUUGGGGUGGGAGUAGUUGCGUUGGUGACAUUUUUGAAGACCUUUUUUGUGGUAUUUGGGGGAUCUGUUGUGUGUUAGAAUGUGAAUCUUAUCUUCCUGUAUUAUUGUGGCUGAAAAAAACCCCUGUGCUGUUAUGUAGUUGGCAACAAGAUGCCUUUGGAAACUUUACUAGUAGGUCAAUGUCUUUAUGAAAUAAUCUUGACUCCUAGAAGCGUCUGUUUGUUCUGAAUUUGAGCUGUAUAUUCAACCACUUCAGUGGCUUUUCAUUGGGAAGGGAUAUUUUGCUCAGGCUUUCUUAAAACUUGAAUUGCUUGAAUUGCUUCUUUAUUUAAAACCUACAUGGAUGAAUCAGCCUCAGGCACUUGAUGGGCAUAGAUUCUUUUGGCAUGAGCAACUUACCUGCUGAGCCUUCUUCAAGCAACUUUUCUCUACACUUGCCAAACAUCUGAAUUCUGUGUGGCCUAUAAAAUCCAUCCUCCUCCAUGCUAAAUGUCAAUAUCUGUUCCUACAGAAAUCAGUGAGUCUGCCUCCCACCCACCCCCCUCCUUUGGUAUCUUUGCAUGGAUGUAACGUGUCACAAAUAAUAAAUCUGGAUGACAACAAAACAGACAUUCACUUUAGAACAAUAUCAAUGACCAGUUUCGGCAUUGAUACAAUGGUGUAGGUGGAAGUGGGUGAAACUAUACAUUAUACCCUCAUUACGGUAAUGAGGAAGUUGGCAUUGUAUAAUGGACACUACAGGUACAUUCUAAAAUGGGAAAACCAACACGAUCAAACACCCUAAUUUCAAGCCUUUGCAUCAUUAUAUCUACAUUGUAUGUUAGGACCGGCAUGAUGUCAUUAGUGAUGUCAUGCCAGUGUGGCUUUUGCAGAUGCUCCAUUGUAAUGCUUGUUUGCUGCUUCACCAUUUUGAACCAAGGUUAGAAGCCACUUCUGUAAACCUGAAAUUCGCCUACUGCCAGUGGAAUUAAUGCAGAACAUGAUGCAUGAAAUUUGUAUCCUGAACCUUGUUUUUCACAUUGGCUGUACUUAAUGUCACUUGUUUGGGGUUUGAAUGCAGUAUUUUGAACCAAGAAAACCAAUGGAACAACUCUACAAUGGAUGGUUGAAGGGUCACAGCCCAUAUUUAGGUCUACAUAUUGACAAGUGAAGCAGCUGGACUGGUUAAGUUCUCUCUCACUGCCAUUCUAUCUCCGUUCCGGGGAAAAGGGCAAAGCAUGUUGUUACAGAAUCGGUUAUUGUAUGUAGAUUUCUGGGUCUGCACUUUAGAUGGCUUGAAAUGCUGGCCUUUACAUAUCUCACAUUCCUGGACUAUUAAAGGGAAAAGGUACAUGGGUUUGGGGUUGGUUUGUUUCAGGAUCUAUUAUUUUACCUAUCCUGCAGUUCACUCUUGCUAUAUACUGUAUAACCCCAAUAAUUUCUUUUUAAAAUGUGUACAUAUUACACUUGUUUGAAUAAUCCUAUGUACAAGGGUGUCUUGCUCUCCUUCCCUACCAGGAAAUGUUUCUGAGGCUUGUGGUCUAAUUCACUCCCCUACCUUUGCAUCCCGUGCCUGCAUUGAGAUCUACUGGGAAACAGCCAUCCUGUUGUCACUACAAAUUGUAAAAGGCGCAUAGGGACCUUCCUAAAAUCUAAAGGCACACCCCACAAAUAUGCCUAUUAGAACAUCAGUGGCAUCCAGUAUAGGAUAUUGCUGAGUGAGAGAGGCAAAUGUGAUCCCAUCUGCUUCAUGGUUUUUAUGCCUGCGCAUCACCAUUGGCAAGUGCAUGAGCCAUCUCAGAGCCAUACAAGAAUCCUGUACCACCAUAAACAUUAUGGGAAUUGUUGUGUGCAUGCACCCAAUGACACAAGAAUCCAGACUCGCUUAUGCAGCACUAGCUUAGUGCGCCAAAUGUUUUUCAGAGUGUAGCACAGGGACCAUUCUUAGCACGGCUGGGAAGUCUCAAAAAGAUGCACAAGUCGGGAAGGGAAUGAGCGAGAAGGGACACCAAAGCCACUUGGUGGCUGUUGUUUGAGCUUGAGUGGCUGUUGUUGCAACCACGGAUGGUGUCUGUUGCAAGUGGGACUCCCAACGGUGCAACUUCUUAUCCUCUUUCAGCAGCACCUGUGGCCACAGGAGCACAUUGGUAGAUAAGGGCUUCGUUCCAUCCCCUUAUCUAAGUGUGAAUGGCAGGCUUCUUCCCCCUAGCGCUGGGAAAAGGGAGACAAAAAGCUGAGCUGGCAGGGUGGGGUUCACAAGAGAUUUCACCCACCUUUAAAAAAAAAUCCCACCCACCUUUAAACUCUUAAGGGAUAGCAGAUGCCUGGGCUUCCCACUGCCUGAGGUUACUGGCAUCUCUUCUUCUUUAAAGCACUUCCUUAAGUGAAAUGGCUUAUAGGUGUGCUGGAAAUGAAAGAAGAGUGGGAUGCUUAGGAAGAUGCAAGAGAGACCUUGAGAUCUUCCAUCUCGCUAUAAGACCACUGAGUAAAAUCUGAGAAUUCCAAGACAUUAGGAAGAGAAUUCUACAUUCAUUACCUGGCAAUAAUGCCAUUUAUAUAGAUAUAUAUAACACACACUUCUGAUAUUGGGCCUUCAUACUUGAUUACAUCAGAGGUAAACCACUACCACCAAAAGCAUUUCAGGACUGUCGACUACUACAGAGAAUAAAUUAAUGGGCACAUCUGCUAUAAAAAGAAUUUUAGAGCACAGUAGCGUGAGAAUAUCUGAAAUACUGUUGUUGAAUUGUACAGCUGUAUCCUCCUCAAAAUCCAGUGAAGAAUGUUAUUUUUCUAGACUGGGCUUUUUGUUGUUAUAAAUCCAAAUAUUCAGAAGGCAAGUGUUAACAAUCCAAAUGUCUUUUUUUCUUAUAGUCAUUUGUUAAUUAUGAAUGUAUUUUUAACAAAAGGUGAUUUUUUUUUUGGACUAACUAGUGUAAUUUGCAUUAAAAAAUAAAUGGGAAAAAAUAGGCUUCCAAGCUUUUUGCGAAUCCCUGCUGCUUUUUAUAAGUUUCCUGGAUUACAUUUCUCAGAAAAGCAAAAAUACAAAAAAUAAAAAGAGCAAAAAAAGAACAAUCCUAUUAUAUUUACAUGAAGGCAAUCUUGAGCGAUGCUGUACGUGGAUGUGUCAGCACUGAAUAGAAAUUGCCAGGUCAUGACAUCAUUUUAACUCAGCCAUAGGUAACUGGUAUUUUCAUUAUCUACUGACCCUAAAAGGCUUCUUUUACAAGGCUGACUGUAAUAGACUUCCAGCCAUUCAAAAUGUGCCUUUUUUAUGUUGUCCUUUCAUCAGUGCAUUUAGUCUGUGAUAGGCUUACAGUAGCCAACCAUGUUAAGUGUAGCGUUAAGCGCCUGUUAAGAUGGAGGGAUCACACAUCUGUUUCAACACUUUCCAAAGCAUUCACGGAUUGCACAGUCCAAGGGCCACUCAAAAUAACACGGCAGUUCCUAUGCUGGAGAAGCUCCUCCUGGGACCUCAACUGUCCUUAGAACAGAUGUCCAUGUGCCAUCAAUUAUUGGCUGGGGUUCAGGAGGAAGGUCACAUGGUGUGGCAACCUGGUACCAAAAGCUUUGUUUAGACCUAGUGCAGUGGUGCCAGCGGGUACAGCUUACCAGCACAGGAACACAGAAACAGAGCGAGUCAGAAGGGGUCUUCUAGGCCAUCUAGUCUGACCCCCGGUUCCAGCCGACUCCAUCAAGAGUAGAACAAACCAUCAAGAUUUACCAUCAAGAGUUAAAACAAACCCAAUCUUCUCCUUCCCAAAGCACUCUCAGUCCCUCUGGGACAAUUGGCCAAUGACCCCAGUAGGGGCCUUCUUUGCAUGCCUCUUGAACUGUUGCAGCUUAGGUUACAAGCUU